AUGCGCUCGUUGCCUCGGUUACAGCGUCCAUGGUCCCGAAAGAUGGCGGGGCGAAGUGUUGGUCCUCGGAGACGGAGCGUUUCAGGCGCUCCGCUCCCGCCGCGCGUUCAGCAACCAGCAGCGUCUGGACGGGACCUCCUUGCCAGGGAGGAAGAAUAUAAGCGCUUGAAUGCAGAAUUAGAGGCAAAAACAGCUGUUCUGGUUCGACAAGCUGAGGAAGUAAUAAGAGAUCACCAUGAAGUACAAUCAAGGCCGGUUUCAACACAAAUUAAAUCCUAUGAAAAGGAAGAGAAUUGCAGUUUAAGAGAUCUAUUGUCUGAAGAGAUAGUUCAUCUGCAUUCAGAAACUAAGCCAAAGACCAAAAAUGUUGAUGCAGUAAACAAGGUUCCAAACAAACUGCGCUCUGCAAAUAAAGGAAGAAAAACAAAUUCAAGUAUAAAAUUGAAAUACUCUGAUAUACAGACUGCCAAUGAUGUUGCUAUUCCAGAGGAUUUCUCAGACUUUUCUCUUGCAAAAACAAUUAGCAAAAUUGAAGGGCAACUCGAGGAAGAAGGUUUGCCUGAUUGUAUAGAUGAUGAUAUUUUUUGUGGUGUUAGUAACGACAUUGGAAUAGAAGCCCAGAACAGAUUUCUAAAGGCCAAACUCCGUGUUAUGCAGGAGGAAUUGGAUAAUGUUGUAUAUGAAUGCAAUAAAAAGGAAAAUGAAAUUCAGGAUUUAAAGUCUCAAAUAAAAAACUUUGAAGAAGAUCGUGUGAGACAGCAACGAACAAUUAAUUUGCAACAGUCUCAAACAGAAAAAUAUAAAACUCUUUUUGAAGAGCUGAAUAAAAAAUGUGAUGGAUUACAGCAACAGCUGUCUUCAGUAGAAAAGGAAUUAGAGAGUAAAAGAAGACAACAAAAACAGGCUGCCAGUAACCAAAGUGCUACAGAAGUUCGGUUGAACAGAGCUCUAGAAGAGGCAGAAAAGUAUAAAUUGGAGUUAAGUAAAUCAAGGCAAAAUAAUAAGGAUAUAGCCAAUGAAGAACACAAAAAAAUUGAAGCACUAAAAUCAGAAAACAAGAAGCUAGAAAAACAAAAAGGAGAAUUAAUGAUAGGGUUCAAGAAACAGUUAAAAUUAAUUGAUGUUUUAAAAAGGCAGAAGAUGCAUAUUGAAGCUGCCAAGAUGUUGUCUUUCACCGAAGAGGAAUUUAUGAAGGCACUUGAAUGGGGAAAUUCAUAAAUUAUCUACUUUAUAUAGACUUUGUAUGUCUGUCUAACUGUAUGACCCAUAUAUAUUUUAUUUUAAGUUUUAAUGCACUGUUUUUACUCUAAGUAAUGAAGACAUUUGGUAAUGAAAUCAAAGUAAUUCCAGUGAAUUCCCUGUUCAGAUUUAGGGGAUACAAAAUUGAUAUGUAAAAUAAUAGGAAUUUAACUUUUGUUUCUUUCUUAUGACCCACUUGCCAUCUAAUAUAAAG